UUGUCGUUGCCAUCCUCCUAUGAGGAUUAAUCAUAUGCAAAUAAGCUGUGACGAGAGUACUUAAUAUAUUCUAAUUCAAAGCUAAUUCCUUAUUGAUCUUUUGUCGUUGCUUGUCGUUAUCAUACAUAUUACAACUGGCGGGUAAGCGAUGAAUAAGGCCUUGUCUACACGAUGCCGGAACAAUUUGAAAACGCAAAAAUAUUCAUCCGUUAAUUAAAAUAUAACGCUGAAGUUAUUUGAUCCCGCAAUACACCUACAUGUUUUCCACCCGCGUGUCACAGGUUGGAUGUCGAGUUCAAAGCAAAAAUCUACAAAACCCAAAGUAAACAACAAGAAUGAGGACUUUGUUUAGACAGACAACAAGACCGAAACUCAUAAAUAUUGUUAUUGAGUAUCUAUUAAAUGCAUGUCGCGUGUAUAAGAAAUUGUGCAUGUUCUGUUAUAUGGGGAGGUAAAAAGACCCUGGGUACAAGGUUGUGUGGAAACCUUGCGGCGAGUCCUGGGAGCCGUCCAUCUCAGUCACUCAGUGUCAGUACGGUAAGCACAUUCGCUGUGUCGCAGUGCCAAGUGACCGGCGUUUUGUAUUUCACAAUGUCUUCAUCAACAACAAUUUUCAGGCUGCUGUACGUUUGGGGGUUUCUUUACCUCGCUAAAUGUGAUUGGAUUGACCUGAGUUAUGUCUUCAACAAUGAAACUAUGUCCUGGGGAGACACCACAAGAUUUCAGCACGAGCUUGUUUUUGAAGGUCCAUUAAAAGCCAACAAUGUAACGCUUGUUCCUUAUUACACAGGUUAUGAUUAUAGCUCUUCUGAGCACGCUGGCACUCACUUAGACUCACCGGUUCACUUCGCUGAAGGAAAAUGGUCAGUAGAUGAAAUUCCAGCUGAAAAUCUUGUUGGCGAUGCUGUCGUUGUAAAUAUCUCCGCGAAAGCAGCCAAAGACCGCAACGCGGAAGUCACUGUAGAUGAUUUACGAAAAUGGGAAAGGGAACAUGGAACUAUUCCAGUCGGCAGCAUUCUGUUUGUCUUCACUGGUUGGGGGAAAUAUUGGACGAACUAUGAGAAAUAUUUUGGCACAAAUACUAAGAAUACUUCGCUUUAUCGUUUCCCAGGUAUCCACAAAGAUGCUGCAACGUGGUUGGUUAACGACCGUAACAUCAAAGCGGUUGGUAUCGAUACUCCGUCUAUAGAUUACGGAAAAGCCACGUCAUAUCCGACCCAUCAGAUUCUGUAUGCAAAAAAUAUUUACGGUCUUGAGAACGUCGCUAACUUAGAUCAGUUGCCAGUAACUGGAGCAAUUGUCUAUGCAUUGCCAAUGAAGAUUGGGCGUGGCAGCGGAGCGCCUGUGAGGAUCUUGGCAACAAUCAAAAAGAAGUCGAACGAACCAAAUGGAGUGGGAAAUAUUUGGUCAUCUGGUCUGUUCGUAGUUGUGCUCGUAACCCUGGGAAUGUUAGCUGUUUAGUAAGCUUCUUCUCCCACAGUUUUAUACUUUUAUUCCCUGACUUAGUUUUAUGGACGAACAUUACAUUGGAAACGCCCAUUGGAAACAUAUAUCGUCUUUAUUGAUAAAACAGAGUAUUGUCUUUAUUGAUUGUGCACCAUAGUUAGUUACUAAACAAAAUUAUUUAAUCCGUAUAUUUUUGGGGGGGGGAAUUUAUUUGUAAUUAUAAUAAAAGUAAUGCGCAUUUACUUGUGAAUGCAUGGAAUGGAAUAAUCACGUGCGAAACUAUAAAGUACAGUUUGUUUGGAAAGUGGAAAGUUGAAUUCAAUUGGAGUACUAUUAUUAAACGAACCUCAAACGACCUUCAGCAUUCGGGAAAAUGUGAAAAAAAUGCGUUCUUUAUACGUUUUUUAACCUUAAAUUAACAUCCAAAUAUAGUUUGAAUUGACAUUAGAAUAA